GCUCAGUGCUGAACAUCUGCUGCUGGAUCGACAUCUUCAUCAUCUUCAUCACUCCGUGUUUCUCAUUACACGUCCUCACCAUGCGGUGGUAUCUCGGUGAGUGAAUCCCCAAAUGAAGACGUCCCUGGAGACGCAAGACAUUAAGAUAGAAGCUCUUUCGGUAAAUAAACAGCGUGCUGCAACACAGCCAAACCGUUUGAAGUGAUUAAACAAGAAAACGCUCUGAAGCGCCAAACAGCGGAUCAUUCACAGCCUGCGAGCACUUUGAUUGAUCUAUGGAACAUCUGCAGCUGCUCCAUUUGUAAUCACAAUAUAUGCACCUCUAAGGCUGCUAUUGGAAGACAUUACAAAUAUGGUCAAAUAAACUGAGGACCUCGCAGGUGAUUUGAGUUGAACAGUAACCUCAGCUUUCGUAUUUUCUGCUUCUCUUGGGAGGAACAGACAGGACCAGUAAAUCUAAUUAGACUUCGGUGGGCAUGCCUCAGCUUGCUGCUCGGCUCAUCAGGGGGCUUAUUCGUUUGCACUACUGAUUUGCAGAGUGUUAUCUCGACUGGAACAGUUUCUCCGCCCUCUGGUUUGUGGGAAACUCUGCGGUUAACCUCUGUCAGAUUUCACAAUGUGAUCGCCCUCUGGGUUUAGAAACCACGAAGAUGACCCUGCAAAGCCAUGCUGCUCCUCAUAGCUUCUGACCGCAAAAUAACACAGUGAACGAUUUGAACCUUCGAAGCAUUACCUUACUUUCAAGAUGAGCGACUCAAACUACUGGGUGGUGGACUAUGAGACCACGUCUCCUGCUCCGCCCGGGUUCCCCAGGGGCCCCACGGUGCCACAGCCCAUGCCGGGGCACCCCGAGCAGGGGUCGGCCCUGUGCUUUGUCGGCCUCCUGGUGCUGCUGCUGCUCUUUCUCGUUGUUCGUUGCAUCCGUAUCCUAUUGGACCCCUACAGCAGCAUGCCCUCCUCCUCGUGGACGGACCACAAGGAGGGACUGGACAGAGGACAGUUUGAUUACGCGCUGGUGUGAAGAUGAUCGGAAGAUGGAGGAGAGGGAUGAAUUUGGAGAUAUGUAAAAGGUACUUUAAAGUGAUUUUCGAUGGAUGAUAAUCGUUUUGCGCCCUGCUAAAAACCACCGCUUCUGAAAAUGAAUAAACUCCGGUUUGUUUGUUGUGUGAUUGAGGAACUAUAAUUGAAGCUGAAACGAUGAGCAUAACAAACCCUUGAAGCCACAGUAUCUCUGGAAGUAUUAUGUUCAGAGAGAAGAAGAGCAGACACACCAAAGGUCUCAUUCAUUUUCAUUCAUUCAUUUUGUGUAUUGUGUUACACUGAAGCUUUUACAGUCCCACACCCUGCAGGAAGAGAGCGAUCAGUAUCGCCGUAUUAUAUUACAAUAAAAGAGAUACAAUGAGUUUAGUGCAGACAAUUAAUUUGUUUUGACAUAAGUAAUGCCCACUGUUACAGACAAUUUAGAGCAAUAUAUGCAGGCCAUUUUACAUGUGGAUUAACAAAUGUAAACAUGACAGUUUUGAACCUUUUUUGGAGGUGCAGCUGAAUCAACAAUUAAGAAGAUGUCACCUCUUUUAUGUAUUUCUAAAUGUGAACCAUGCUAGAAAUGGUGAGGCAUUUGAACCACCUCUAACAUGAUUCUCAGGUGAAAUUAUUUAUAAUUAUCAAAUGCUUCUAUAAUCUGAAGGAAAAGCUUAAAUCACUUCUUGAAAUGUAGCUUUGGGUAUUUGUGUCUCUCUAUGUUAUUUAAAAUGCACUGUGUCCUGAAUUCCAAUCAUAUCCUAUUAUGAAAGCUGAUGGCAAUAAUACAUAACAGUUAAUACAAAAUAUUUUAUUUGGGGUUUUACUCCUUCCUGUUCCCAUCCCUUUAAGAAGCUUAUGAGGCACAUUGCGGAGGGUCACAGCGCUGACUCACUAUGUGUCAUAUAAAGUUAUGACUAUGAAAUGCAUGUACACCAAUUUCCAACCCCUAAUCCUUUUUUUGCCUUUAGUCCCAUCCACCAGCCAAAUCUGUUGCACAGUGCCUGUAGGAAUAUGAGAAAGCUAAUAACUAUAUCUUACUAUUGUUACUGCUCCUCUUGCCACUUGUUUCGUUAUAUUGUUUAUUCCCUUGUUAGACUGUAAAGUCUUCUCUUUAUAAAUAAAGUUUAGUAUUGAUAUUUUACGGAUUUGUCAAAAAAAAUAGGUGUUUUAUUAUUUAAGACCAAAUGACUGUUAAUCAAUACCAAACGUUUGUAUGUGGUCCCUCUUCCUGGAUGUAGACGCUGG